UUGAUUGAGAGAUGGAUUUUAAUUGCGAGAAUUAAUUUCCUGUCUUGCUUAUAUUAAUUUAUAAUUAAAUGAACAGGCCCAAGCCUCUAGAAGAGCCUUGUCCUCAGACUAACAAUAUCUUUUUUUAUGAGAGAUGAACUUUUUGUUUGAUUCGGAGAGAGAGAACGGAGUAAAAAUAAUAGCAAGACAAUAUAUAAAAGUACACACAAUGGGCAAACAAUUAGCGCAAAAUAUAUGCAAACCUUUUCUCUGAAAUGAGUGCGGCGGCAGGAUGAACACGCCUGGGGUUGACACAAUUUUGUAUUCAACAAGAUCAAUUACAACUUAUUGAACGGCUAAUUGUAGUUGGAGAUCUGCGUUUGACGGCCGGUGAACGAGGUCUGAUUUUUAUUUUCCCGAACUAAAUUUUGAGGAGAAAAACUCCUCCUAACUUUAAAAAUAAAGCCAAUAAGGGUGGUCUAAAAUCUAGGAAUGCAUCACGUGACGUCCAUGACAGAUAAUUAAUGUGACACAGAGCAAACCGGUAGGGCGCACGGACUUCGGGGGAGCGGCGAACUUGUCUCUUCUUUCUUGACGAGCAGGGAGCGCACACUCGAGUAUAAUUGAUAAUAAAAUAAUCUCGCAAUUUAUAAUGUUAAAUCUCUCAAUUUAGCAUGCCAAAUUAUAUAAUAUAAAAUUAAAUAUAAUUCUAAAGGAUAUAAAAUAAUACUCCUAAUUAAUCGACCAAUAAAAAAAAACUAAUUAUUAAAAAUAUUAAAAACUAGCCCUCUCAAUAUUCACAUCCCCUUUUCAAAAUUGAGUUGGGUGUUAACACGACGAGAUUUUCGACCAAUAAAAAAAAAAAUAUUGAAAAUAGAGAAGAAAAAAAAUAUUGAGAAAAUAUAAAAAAAUUAGAUUAAACUUGUUAAUUUCUUAAAACUAAAAAUUAUAAAAAAUAAUACAUAGUUGUUGUACACAUUUUCUGCCGACGAGGAAAAAGUCAGUAAAAACUAGGCUAAAAUAUUUCUUGUAAUUCACUUUUUCAGCCUUCAAGGAAAAAGUCACUCAAACAAAACGCUUUGUUAUAUAUCCUUCACACAUUUUGUCUUAAAAAAUGUAGAGCAGUAACGGCGUUUUUGAAUAGGCAAAAGCGUUCGCACUAGCAUUGAGUAAUAAAGAAAGGCAAAUUGGGGAAGGGAAAAUAGGGAUGAACAGGGUGUUGGGCUUCUGUUGAGCGUCUUUGGGUCAUUCAAUCGUUUUCGUUUGAAGAGUAAACAUGGCUCAUCUCUCUGCUGCUGCGAGUGUUGGGAAGAAGCGGGUGUACCUCUGUUUAGGGGUGAAGCCUUCGAAGGUGCAAGGGGUGAACGGGUUGCAUUUAGCGCACGUCAAGUGUGGCGCUAUUGUUGAUCCUCAUGGCUUUUCGCAUGUGCGCGAUUUUGACACCAAAUUUGCGAUUCGUGAAAUUGGCGAAGAUCGAAUGCUGCUGCAAUUGAACGGGUGCCGAAAAGUAUUCGAGGCAAAGUUCUACUCUUUCAUGAUUCGCGCGUUCAGCUCGAUUCAGCAAACUUGGCCCGAUGAGAAACCUGAAGUAGUGUGCGGCUCCAAGCUGGACUGCGUGCUGCUCGAGGCGUAUACUGGAUAUGUGGCGAAGGGCCAUAUAAGCGAGCUGCCUUCGGACUUGGCUGGAGGGCAUUGUUUGGUGCACCAAUUCAUUGACAGCGGAAACAAAAAGGCUGUGCUGCGGCGUUUUGAAAAACCUGAGAUGCUUCCGUACAAGGGCUGCAACAUGAAGCUGGUGCAGUCUGGUGCUAUUGUGAACCUGGAGUUCGAUGCUGUGCAGAUUGGCGGAUUGAGCUUCGUUCCACACGACAACAGUAUGUUUGGCGGGUACUCCUCGGAGUUCAUUCCACAGACCAUGAUUGGGAAGGCGCAGCACACCAUCGCUGCUUGGCGGCAAAUGCCAGGAUUUUUGAAAACCGUGCCGGAUAAUUUGCUUUUCGACCAGGUGGUUGAUGUCAUUUCAAACAAGGUGACUGGUACGGAGGUCCAUGAGACAAUGAUGCAGCUGAUGGACAAGCUGGACACUGCGUUGGCUUGGAGGGCUGAUGUCAAUAAUCCGGCAGCUGUUGCAGCAAAUCCUGCUGUUCCUGCUGGAGGUGCUGGUGCUCAAGGCGGUGCUGUUGGUGCGGCCAAUGGAGCUGCGGCUGCUGCUGCUGCGGGCGAAGAACGUCGCGCGGCGGUGUUGGAAGAGGAGAGAGGGUUGCGCGGCGCCGGAUCGUCUCAAGCUGGAGGUGAUCGACCUGCACGAGGGCAACCAAGGAUGGGUUGUCAACCAUCUGCAUCUUUGCGUCCUCGCUGCCCAGGUCGGCGUGAAGAAGACGAGUUGGACACGGAGGAUUCAGACGAGGCUGGUGCUGACGAAGAGACGGAGCAAUUCGGACAGCCGGGACCUAUGUACGGGGGGAUGCCUUACCCACAGCAAGUGUAUUAUGUAUUCAUGGGUGAAGGGCAGGGUCCUGCAGAGUUUUUCCGUCCCAACCGUGGACGCGGUGGUCAGCAAUGUGGACAUGGCGGCUUGCCUUUCGGGCGAGGUGGUUUUGUGCCUCCUGCUCGUGGUGGGUUUUACCAUGGACACGGCGGGUACCAUCGUGGUCGCGGAGGACGUGGUCACUUCUAAGGAGGGAAAGGAUUUACUCUUUGCUAUUAGCUACUAGCUAAAACCAAAAAUGUCAAAGUUUAUUUUUAACUUGAACAAAGUUAGUGUUUUUGUAGUUGUCACUCACUGUCACUUUCUUCUUUGCAAAUUCUUAAAAUUAACACUGAUAAAAUUAUAUUUUUCUUAACCCUUAUUUUGGCUUUUUUAAAAGAAAAAUCUAAAAUUUAA